GGCUUCUUCACUCACCCCCUCUCUCUUUUCCCACAAAGUAAGUCUUUUUCUUUUGGUUUCAUUUUGGCAUUUUUCAGUGCUCAGUAAGUGGCAACUAGAACUAGGCCACACAUAUCAAAAUCCCACCCCAAACAAGACACGUACGUUUGUCACAUACCAUACAGAAACAACUCUUGUGGACUACGUGUAACCAAAUUUCCCACCCAUUGUUUCCCAUUUCCUUUAUUCAUUGCCCACACAACAGAAAAUCUGCUCCUCUCACACACAUCAAGGAGGUACACACAGCACACAGAAAAACAAAUAUCACUUUGCUCUGUUUCUGCAUGACAGAACAACACAACCACCCUUUCAUCAUGGCUCACCAAUCCUCUUCUACUGAAUCUGAUAACCAGGUUCCUCCUUACCCAUUUGAAUUUGACUUGAAAAGUAGCCCCCAAUCAUCUAAAGAUUCCAUGUUGCAGCAAGAACAAGAAACCCCAUUCAACCUGAAAGGUGUUACACAAAGCCCCUCUGCUUCAAAGACCCUUGUCUGCAACAAGGAGGAAACAGAGUUACAGGAGCUUCUAGCAGAGGAUAGUGGACGUGAGAAGCUGAAGAGGCAUAGAGUUGAAGUGGCUGGAAGGGUUUGGAUUCCAGACAUGUGGGGUCAGGAGGAUCUGUUGAAGGAUUGGAUAGAUUGUUCUGCAUUUGAUGCUCCUUUGGUUCCAAGCAAGAUCACCAUGGCACGUGAGGCUUUGGUUGGAGAGGGUAGAAGAGCCAAUGCUGCUGGUCUAAGGAUAGAGAACAGGGACUUGGAUUUCAAUGUACAUAUGGAUUUAUCCCUUAAUAACAACUGCACCAAUGUUGAGGUUCAAAACAUCCACAUGUUUUCAGACGCCAAGAAGAGCACCUAAGUAAAAAAGAUCCAAUGCAAAUGAAAUUGAGAAUGGGGAUUAUUAUGUUAAGAAAAACAUUGGAAACCAGCUAAUGCAGCUCACCAGUUACCUUCAAGGCAACUAUGCAAGAACACCAUGCUAAUCUCUUCAAGACAAAACAUAGUUCAAAUAAAAAAUCUUGAUGCAGAUAAAUGUAGUUGCAAAUACAGUUAACACAGUACAACUGUUUGGCUGAAUCAUUCUCUGCACUUAAGUUGUAAAUAAACAUUUAUCAUUGAUUUGUCAAGUCCUCGCCUCCUCGGCUACUCUUGUCCUUGUAAUUGCAAGUACAAAGAAAUUCCAAGUUUAUUCAUAUGCACAAAUAGUCAAUAGAACCAUGCAGUGUCCAUGAUUAAAGUGAUUGAUUUUGCACCAGGGCAACAAUACUUGUAAUGGACAUACGAAGAAUCCAAUGCUUUCUUUUCUGAGAAUUCUUCAUGCACUUUAGACUAAAAUGUAUGAGGAUAAAAUAUGAACAUGCUCCUUGUGGCAUCCCGAGGGAGUGACAUUCACAUGUCAUACUAAAAUAAUGACAACUGUUCACCCCACCGGCAUUCAAAAGAACAGGCUUGGGAUGAGGGGCCAACAGCUUAUGAAUAUUCACGCUAACAUUCUCAACUGUAGUUUUUAAAGUAUUCAAUUGAUAGACUUCUAGUACCCAUCACAAAUAGUCUGAUUUACAAGUAAUUACAGUAUCACACAAUAGUAGAGAGUAGAGACAACAUACUGACAGGUGAAAUCUAUCUAUUAUGCAAUAGGAACACAAAUCACGUUCAUAAUUGCUAUAUAUAAGAAGGCAUUUGAAACUUCUCUUUGU